AUGCUCACCUACGUUUUCGCCGCUACAGCAUCUGCAAAAUGGUGGGCCAGAGAGGAGCCUUCCUGUGCAGUGCUAUCUGGAUCUGCUGAAGGCAUCGCGUACCGAUACUACGCCCAAGGCACACCUCAAAAACCUUGCGCGACAAGCAAUGACGUUGAACGCAUCAAAGCAUCUCUGGACCAUUCUAUGAAGAAACUGGAUCUGGACUGUCUGCCGGAGUCUACGUGCAUGCCCGUUGAUCACGACGGCAAAUGGAGUGGCGGUGCUUGGAGGGGCUAUCUGCUGUAUGGUCCCAAGGACAAGGUUGAUUUGGACAAGUCCUGUGGAUCUGAGAACGGGGUCGGUUCAAAGUACGGCGAACUCAGUCUCGAGCGCGAACUCGGCCCGUUGUUCAGCAAGUCAUGCAAGUCAUGCAAGACUGAUAGUGAGCUGUAG